CCUUCUCUCCUUUCCUGCCAGAAGAUACACCAAGUACUCUCCUGCCUGCUUCUCUGAUCACCUUGGCUGCAGUGGUCCAGUCUUCUGGAAGCUCCUGCCGUCCACCGAGAGCCUGUAUCACCUCUUCCCGAAAAGCUGCACAACACUCGUCCUGUCUCAGCUUCCACCACAUGGUUCUCUUCUCUGCCUUUGUCUUCCUAAUUUUCCUCCCCACCACCAGAGUCAUCUUACACACCACCAUCCUAUGCUGUCUAGCCACACUCUCCCCUACCACUACCUUACAGUUGGUAACCUCCUUCAGAUUACAUCGUCUGCACAAGAUGUAAUCCACCUGUGUGCUUCUACCUCCGCUCUUGUAGGUCACCCUAUGUUCGUGCCUCUUCUGGAAAAAAGUGUUCACUACAGCCAUUUGCAUCCUUGUUGCAAAGUCUACCACCAUCUGUCCCUCCAAGUUCCUUUCCUGGAUGCCGUAUUUACCCAUCACUUCUUCAUCACCCCUAUUACCUUCACCAACAUGUCCAUUACAAUCAGCACCAAUUACGACUCUCUCUCUGUCUGGGAUGCUAAGAACUACAUCAUCUAGCUCCUUCCAGAAUUUCUCUUUCACCUCUAGGUCACAUCCUACCUGUGGGGCAUAGCCACUAAUCACAUUACACAUAACACCCUCAAUUUCAAAUUUCAGCCUCAUCACUCGAUCUGAUACUCUUUUCACCUCCAAGACAUUCUUAGCCAACUCUUCUUUUAAAAUAACCCCGACUCCAUUUCUCUUCCCAUCGACACCAUGGUAAAAUAAUUUAAACCCUGCCCCUAAACUUCUAGCCUUACUGCCUUUCCACCUGGUCUCCUGGACACACAAUAUAUCAACCUUUCUCCUCAUCAUCAUGUCAACCAACUCCCGAGAUUUUCCUGUCAUAGUCCCAACAUUCAAAGUCCCCACAUUCAGUUCUAGGCUCUGUGUUUUCCUCUUCUCUUUCUGCCGAAGAACCCGCUUUCCACCUCCUCUUCUUCUUUGACUUCGACCCACAGUAGCUGAAUUUCCAACGGCGCCCCGCAGGUUGACGGCGCCGGUGGCGGACGUUGUUAACCCGGGCCACGACCGAUCCGGGGUCAGCCAGGUCCUGCAAGAGUGCUGAAAUAAAGCGAAAGCAGUCACGGAGUCAGAGUAUGGUCCAGGACAUGGAGGAGAGCUAUGAAGUUGACCUGGUCUACAUCACAGAGAGGAUCAUCUCCUUCUCUUUCCCUGCCACUGCCGAGGAGCGCGGCUACACCGUCCACCUGAAGGAGGUGGCAGCCAUGCUGCGCUCCAAACACGGCGAACACUACCUGGUGCUCAACCUGAGCGAGCUGAGGAACGACCUAGCAACAUUAAACCCCAAGGUGCUGGAGUUCGGCUGGCCAGACGACCACGCACCGCCGCUGGACAAGAUCUGCAGCAUGUGCAAGGCCAUCGACACAUGGCUCAAUGGUGACCCACACAACGUUGUAGUGCUUCACAACAAAGGAAACCGAGGUCGGACAGGGGUGGUAGUGGCUGCCUACAUGCACUACAGCAACAUAUCAGCAAGUGCUGACCAGGCCUUGGACAGGUUCGCCAUGAGGCGUUUCUAUGAGGACAAAGCACUUCCAAUGGGUCAGCCGUCACAGAGAAGGUAUGUGAGAUACUUCAACGGCCUUUUGUCUGGCCACAUAAAAAUAAACAACAAGCCUCUGUUCCUGCAUCAUGUCAUCAUGCAUGGAAUUCCCAACUUUGAAUCCAAAGGAGGCUGCCGUCCAUUCCUGAAGAUCUACCAGGCGAUGCAGCCAGUCUAUACGUCAGGAAUAUACAAUGUACAGGGAGACGGCAACACCAGCAUUUGUAUCACCAUUGAGCCAGGCCUCCUGCUGAAGGGUGACAUCCUGCUCAAGUGUUACCACAAGCGCUACAGAAACCCCACCAGGGAUGUUGUGUUCAGGGUGCAGUUCCACACGUGCGCCAUCCAUGAUCUCGGAGUGGUGUUUGGGAAGAGCGAGUUGGACGAGACAUUCAAAGAUGACAGGUUCCCUGAGUAUGGGAAGGUGGAGUUCGUCUUUUCAUACGGUCCACAGAAAAUCAAAGGUCUAAGCCAUCUGGAGAAUGGGCCUAGCGUCUGUGUGGACUAUAACACUCAGGAUCCUCUGAUCCGUUGGGACUCGUAUGAGAACCUCAGUCAUCGCUCUGAGGAUAACCAACACGAUGUUGUUCACAGUCAAGGUCCACUUGAUGGAAGCCUGUACGCACAGGUCCGAAAGAAAGACUCCCUGGAGGGAGUGGUCACCAUCAACGGCCUCCCGGUGCAUGGAGACCCCCUGACUGCCACACAGAAUCUAUUGCAGCACCCAAACCACCCCCUUCAACCAACAGAGCAUACCCUUCCUGUAACAGGCCACGCCUCUCUCCCUGCCGUCGACCACACUCUGUCUGUAAGCAGCGACUCGGGAAACUCCACAGCCUCCAUCAAGACCGACCGUACAGAGGAUCACAGUCAGUCUCUGCAGGGGGGCUCAAGCCACGACAACCCAGCAGCAAGCCACCUGACCCUCAGCCCCCAGGAGAAGAGAGAACUAGAUCAGCUUCUGAGUGGACUUGAGGUGCCUGUUCAUCAACGGCAAGUUUAUCUGUCUACUUCAACCAGUCCGGGAGCGGGUGUCCGGCACCUGGUCCCCGCACAGGUGCAUGUCAACGGGGGCCACACCAGGUUAAUUGGGGGCACUUCCGCAGAAGAGCGUGAGACAGAUAUUCUUGAUGACGAGCUUCCCAAUAGCCAAGAGGGCAAUAGUGUGGACAGUUUGGGCACACUCUCAUCCUUAGAGGGCCAGGCCACACCAGCUGACCUCUACUACCAGUCACAAGGCCCUGUCAGCAGUCAGAACGACAGCCCCUACCUUGAAAGAGGUGUUCUCAGCGAUACGUUGAGUGAGAUCCCUGUGCACGGAAUACAGACACCCACUGCAAUGCAGGAGUGCAGUGCCUCUGUGUUGCCAUCGGGGGCAUAUAACAACUUCCAAAAUGAAAGCGGAAUGUAUCGCUCACAGUCCUUUGGUAACCCACCUACUAGCAGUCAUGAAUCCAACCCUAAACUAAUGCCCAGGGCCCCUGAGAGGAGCACCAGUAGCCGGGAGGCUGUUCAGAGAGGUCUCAGUGCAUGGCACCAGUACAGCCUCCCAGAUGAUCCUUUUGGCCCACCGCUCCAGUCCACCCAUAGCUUGCCACAUUUUCCAUCUUCAGCUUCUCAAAGGGACAUUGAGCAGUCUAUUGAAGCCCUCAACAUGCUCAUGCUCGACUUGGACCCGAUCAACCCCCACAUGUCCAAGUCACACAGUGCGCCACCUGGGGAAAAUACCUUUAAUUCAUCACCGGUGCCCUUCUCCCAGACACUUACAAGGCCAUCGUACCAGGCAGACUCAGCCAUCCAUGGCUAUAGCACCUCUGGGUCAUUCAAUAAUACUUUCCAUCAGCCAGAAUGCAUGACUGGGAGAAUUUUUCCCAACCAGAGCCCUCUCUUGGAGUCUCCAGUACAUUCUCCUCAAAGGCCCAGUCCCACUUUCCAACAUCAAAACACCACUCCAACACACACACCCGAGCCCUAUGUUCACGCACGUCAAGUACUGCACCAGCUCCCCUCGGAUCCAUCCACAAAUGUCCAUCCCUCGUUGAAGCCUCUGAACUCGUGCAUAGUCGGCACAGUGUCCAACUCUCCGGACCUACAGGGCUCAUCUCCCUUUCUGGGCUGUAGUGAGUCCUCCUCUCCACUUCCUGCUCUCACCCCUCAACCUAAGGACACUUCCUCUUCCUCUUUGGCCCGAGAGCUGGAUGCUGAGGAAGAGGCGUUUAACCUAGAGGGCCUGGUGGCUCACCGCAUUGCUGGGGUACGCUCCAGGGGAAUGACCCCGGAGGUAAACCAGGAGACGGGUCGGCGUCGGACCACCAGUGAGGGUCAGUACCAGAGUGGCCACGACAACAGGCCGGAUGGCCAUUCACCAGAUUUCAGCAACAGUCUGCCCCACAAACCUGGAGGAAGAGCCAGAGAGGGUACAGUGCACAGCCACCGGGAGGCAGUUGAGAACAAUGAUAGGUUUGCCAGCAACAGUCCUGCUUUACGAGACUGUGUUCGCUCCCCACCAGGCUGGAUGUCAUCAGCGGGAAUGAAGCCUAAUCAAAAGUUUGCAUCAGACUGUCAGACUGUUUCUAAUCAUGGAGAACAAGAUAAUCGAGGUUUUGUGGAAUUUAGAGCACAACAGUUCAGCGGACCUCUCACCUGCAACAGUCCUGUACACAGCCCCGAAGGAAGGAGACAUGGUCCUUCCGACCACAGCCCAGCACCAUUUUACCCGCAAGCACACGCCUCCCCAGAUGGCUCCCAGGUGAACAUCAUGGGCGUCCACACUGUCCCUGGUAGCCCCAACACCCUCCACCGCACAGUGGCCACCAACACACCCCCAAGCCCUGCCCUCCAAAGGCGCUUGGGCCAAGCCAGUCCCUCACCGGUCAGACACACCCCUCCAGCAGGCGGGAGCAGGGAUAGCAUCCCCUCCAGCCCCUUGACUGGCCGAAACCCCAAAACAAGCAGUGCAAGUUUGCCCUCCGCCAGCCCCCUGAUGGGGCGGCGAGCUAUAGCGGGCGGCCACAGUACCCCUGAUGAGAUGGGGGCCACGUCUCGUCAGGCACAGCCGCCUUCCACACCCGCCUUCCCCGUCUCCCCCCAGCUGCCAGUGAAGAGGCACGCAAGCAGUGGGGACACAGAGAGGAUGGACAGCAAGAACCCAGCAGCUGAGGCUGGAGGGUCAAACUUGACUGGGACUUACCCAGACACCUCCAAGUCCAUCUAUGGUGAGAGACUAAAAGACAACUAUGGUUAUCCAGAUAUCAAGAUGAAUGUUAAGUUUGUCCAAGACACGUCCAAGUUCUGGUACAAGCCCGACAUCUCCCGAGAGCAAGCCAUUAACGUGCUGAAGGACAGGGAGCCCGGCGCCUUCGUCAUCAGGGACAGCCACUCCUUCCGUGGGGCUUACGGUCUUGCCUUGAAGGUGGCCUGUCCACCACCAACAGUACAACAAAGCAAAAAAGUUGCCGAUCUGACCAGCGAGCUGGUGAGACACUUCCUGAUUGAAACUAGUCCCAAAGGUGUCCGCCUGAAGGGUUGUCCCAAUGAGCCCUACUUUGGUUGUCUCUCUGCACUGGUUUACCAACACUCCAUGACUCCUUUGGCGCUGCCCUGCAAGCUCAUGAUCCCCACCAAAGACCCAAAUGAAGAGGCGCUGGAGCUGGCCACACCCACCGACCCAGUUGUGGACCUUCUCAAGCAAGGAACAGCUCAGAAGGUUCCGGAGGAGUCUCACGCGUCAAAUGUGCUCUACAUAAACUCUGUGGACAUGGAGUCCUUGACUGGCCCUCAAGCCAUUGCCAAGGCCAUCAGUCAGACGCUGGAGACCAAUCCUCUCCCCACCGCUACCGUCGUCCACUGUAAAGUGUCUCCGCAGGGUGUCAUGCUUACAGACAGUCAAAGGAAGAUCUUCUUCAGGCGGCAUUAUCCACUAAGCACCAUAACCUACUGUGACACCGAUCCCCAGGACAGAAGGUGGGGCCAAGAGAGUGGUGGUUCUCUCCGGCUUUUUGGCUUUGUGGCAAGGAAACAAGGAAGCACAACAGACAAUGUCAGCCACCUGCUUGCUGAGCUGGACCCUGACCAGCCGGCCUCAACCAUAGUCAGCUUUGUCUCCCAAAUGAUGAGGCGGUGAAACCUACGCCUGGAUGGCGUUUUUUUUUUUUUUCCAUCAUUUUGGUGUCUUUUUCUCUCUGGGGUUUGCCAAUCUCCUCUUAUCUUUUUAACUUAAUUUAUAUAUUUUUUUCUGCCUUUCUGGUUUGGCGUGUUGCAAAUGUCUUUUUGCAAAAGGCAUUGUGAACUUGCAAGAGGAUGUGCCAAUGUGGGGCUGAAAAUAGAGGUCGCUGGACUUAAAAACGUGAAGAUGAGAGCAGAUGGAACUUGGGGAAGUUACAUGUGAGGAUGUGGGGCUCGGAUGUUUCAGGGUGUUUUCUUGUUUCUCUUGAUUGAUUUACCAAAGGUAGACGCAAUACAAGUGCAAGAAUGACGUAGUGAUUAAGCCAUUCUUAUUAUUUCCUCCUUUAAAAGAUGUACCUAUGAACACACACAAAAAAGAAAAGAAGUACUAUCUUCUUAACAUUGUCUUCAGGAAAAAAAAAAAAGUUGGCCUUGAUGGCUUUUGGCAAAACAUUGUCUGAAGACCUUAUGCAUGUUAGCUUGAACUUUAAGCUCAGUUCUCCUACCUUCCACUAGUACAUGUGGAGCCCUUAGCUUGGGAUUUUCUGGUUCUGCUGUGUGUUAGAAAGGGCUCUGUAGUGAAAAGGCAACUGAUCUAAACUGCACAUUGCAGACCAGACUCCCAAAAAAAAGAAAAACGGCACACACACACAAACACUAAGCUCCGUACAUGUGCGUUUUCAUCGACCCCCUCCUUCCUUGCAAGAUGCUUUACUGCAAGCAACUGGUGACUUUGACAGAUUGUCCACAGGGUAGAGCCACCCAGUCAGGCUUGCACCAGGGCGCUUGUCACGGAAUAACACUGGAAAGCACCUCCAGGAAGCGAAACCUGGACCUAUGCACUGUUCUUUCUGCAUGCUGUUACUCCUUCAUAGCAGUAUUCCCUGAAAACAUUCUAUGCUGUGUGCCCUCUUAGACACUGAGGCCGUUUGACUUGUCAAAGACCGCAUGAAGUAGACUUUUUUUUUAAUGCUCCUCAGAGUACUCAACAAGAUGUAGACACCCCAUUUUUAAAGUAGUCAAAUGAUGGUGAUACGCUAUAUUUCUUAUUUUAAUUAUUGGUCUUGGCUACCUUUUGAGUGUACCCAGGGGUCUCUGUUGUUUCCACUGUGUUGUCACAAAACACAUUUAGAUACUUUUAGCAGAGAAAAUACAACAUGAGCAUUCACACUGUGCACAGUUGAGCACAUGCAAACAUCUACAACAAGAGGAUAGCUAUAUAUGUACAUAGAUGAACUACUUUGAAAGGUGACUUAGCGAAAAGUAUUUAUUUUUGUUGCUUUGGUCCCUCAUGAGUAAUCAUUAUGCAUAUAUUGUACAGUCUCGAUAAAGAAAUGGGUUUGGAAAAAAAAUGUAUAAUUAUUUUGGCUAAUGAUUUUAAAGUCUGAGGAUUUUGAAAUAUGUUUGAAUAUCUGGUGUACAUUACUUUGUACAUGUAUCCGUUUUGGCUCGUCUUGUUUGUCAUCUUGGCAAAAGCAGUGUAGCGGAGUUGCAUGGACAGAAGAGUGUGAACAAGAGUUUGUUGGCUGCAAACAUUUCAAACAGAUUAUAGUUGAUAGAACAUUGGAGAUUAAAACAAAAAGAUAAGGGUAAAGAGGCCAAGCUCAAAUGCAAUAGAAAAACAAUGUGUGCCCAUGACAGUUAUGAUUUUUGCCAAAGAGUCACAUGAGCUGCUUUUUAUGUCUUGCUUCCAUUUUAAAUGCAAAAAUGUUACACAGGGAGGUCUACAUUUAUGCACUGAGACAUUACUGACGUUUCUUUUAAACAUAUGUCCAGAGAAAAAAGAUGCCUGCUGUGUACAUGAAACACUUAACCUAACAGCAGCAGAGAAUGACAGGAAUUCCACAUGCAAAAAGCUCUUCCAAGGCUUCAUCAUCAGACCUCCCGAAUGCCAAUGAUUUAUUUAUUCUUUUUUUUUCUGUCAAAGAUAUCUUGUUCCAUUGUGUUGUAUGGAAGCAUAGCAGUGCAGCAUGCUUUUGUCCAAGAAAGCGUUUUUAUAAAAGAACUAAAGUGUC